AUACUUUAUUCAAUAAUUUUUGGUCUAAAUUAAGUCUGGAAUCAGCUUCAGAAAUGACUCCCAAAAAAUCUAUAUGUACCCACGCCUAUGGCUAAGGAUACUCCAAGGUCAUAUGAAUAGACUCAAUCGGAUCAGAUAUAAGUAGAAACUAAAAAUGUUUCUUUCGUUUUUUUAUACAUGUGGUAUGUGUAUGACAGGCAACAUUUUCAGUUCAAAGGUGUCUAAUAGAACAUUUGUAAAAAACCUUUUAACACAAAAUGGUGAUAGCAAAGGUGUAUAAAUUUGUGAAACAAUUUGAUGGACUACCAAAAAAAUCAGAUUUUGAAAUCGUGGAGGAGGAGUUACCAUCAUUGAAAGACGGACAGGUUCUCACAGAGGCAGUAUAUAUGAGCGUAGAUCCGUACAUGAGAGCUUAUGCCCCUACUAUUCCCGUUGGGUGUACUAUGAUUGGUUCACAAAUAGCUAAGAUUAUAGAAAGCAAGAACCCUAAAUUCCCUGUUGGUAAAUAUGUAGUUGGAAAUUUUGGUUGGAGAAGUCAUACUAUAUGGAAUGGAAAAUCAACAACAGAUAAUUCGAAAGCCGCAUCAUAUUUAUUACCAGACUUGAAGGGUUUUACGCCUUCACUAGGUUUAGGUGUUUUGGGAAUGCCAGGUAAUACCGCAUAUUUUGGUUUUCUGGAAAUUUGCAAACCAAAAGCCGGAGAAACUGUAGUAGUUUCGGGAGCAGCUGGAGCUGUUGGAAGCCUGGUGGGGCAAAUUGCGAAACUGAAAGGAUGCAAAAUUAUUGGAAUAGCUGGCUCAGAUGAAAAGGGACAGUGGUUGAUCAACGAAUUGGGAUUCGAUCAUUUCAUCAAUUAUAAAACAAGUAAUAUUGAUAAGGAAUUAUCAGAGAAGGCUGCUGGAGGUGUGGAUUGUUACUUUGAUAAUGUUGGAGGAGAUAUCAGUACAACCGUUUUGAAACAUAUGAAUGAGUUUGGACGGAUUUCUCUUUGUGGUGUGAUUUCAAAAUAUAACGAGAAGGAUCGUGAAGGUACUUAAUAUUAAGAAUACCUACAUAGUUACGUG